UUCUAAUAUAUAUGUAUUACUUUAUUAAUUUUGCCCUACUAACAAUUCUGUUUUACCGACGAACUGCAAACAGCAAAACAUAUCAUGGCUGAAUAUGGUGGUUUUGUGAUGAACAAUAUCUUGAGUUGUGUUAAUAAAUUUUAUGCUAUAAAAAAAAAUUAAUAGUGGAAUUUGUGACACAAUUGUGAAUAAAUUUUGUACAGUGCUCUUUAUAUCUAUAGUAUUUCAUAGCAUUCAUUAUAUGUUAUAAAAAAGUAUAUGAUAAUUGGAACAGAAGACAUUAUUACUCUCUAUCUCUAUUAGUAGAAAUUAUAAUAUCUUACCAUCUUUAUAACAUAUUGUUAUAAAUAAUUGUGUAAUUACAAUAGCUCAUAUCAAAGUCAUAUUUCUAUUUAUGAAUUUUCAAGUAUCAAUUUGAUGUUUAUGGAUUUUAUGUGUAAGAUACUCUGAAUUCUGUGAUACGUAAUAAGUAAAGUCUGAUGCCAAAGCUACGAAAGAAUAGGAGAAUUGAAACUAGAUGGGGUGUCAAAUAUUAUACAGCAGUGAAAAAUGCUGUUUUUAUAACACAUAAACAGCCUUAUGUGCCAACAGUACCACCCCCCUCUUUGAAGGAACAUGUUCCAGAAUGUGAGACACUAUAUAUGUGUACACAGUGCAAAGACUGCUUUCAUUUUCGAAGCAGUUUGGAAGAUCAUAUUGCAAGGAAAAGUUGGAUAUUGGGAUAUUGGUGUCAACAUUGUUUUGUGACCGAUUGUAAACAUAGUUCUAUAGAAGGUACAUUAUGUUCAACAUGUGUGCAAUCAGAUCGUGAGAAACGUUUAUAUUUAAGAAGUAGAGGUUUACGUAAAAGUCAAAAAUUUGGGGUAAUAAGAAUCUUUUACAAUCAAUGUCAAUUUUUUGCACAUUUGAAAACCCAUAAUGUAAAUUUGGUAUACAUGGGUGAUUUAAUGUUAAUGCCUAUACCAACAAAUAUAAAUGAUUGGAAUCCUGAAAUAGAUGUAACUUGUGAAGCACUCAUGGAGCAUACAUUUAUAAUAAAAGUUCAUAUAAUGGAUUGGUUAAAAGAUAAAACCAUUACUAACAAUUGGUGGCAAUUAGGAGGAGAUAGCAAUAAUCCAAUUACUCUUAUUCUUAAAGGUUAUAAAGGUCGGUUUCAUUUUAAGCCAUUAGAAGUACCAAUAGAUGAACAGUUUUCUAUUUUGAAUUCUGUUCAUUCUACAUCUAAAAAUAGUAACAUGUAUUCCGAUAUUGAAAUACUUGAUUCUGUUGAAAAUGUUGAUAAAAGGGCGAGCCCAUCUUCUACAGAUACCAUAGUCUCCAUCUCCGAUGAAAGUGUGAUCGAAAAUGAAGACAGUCCUUGCACGAUAAACGAUAUUACUUUUGUUGACUGUGGGCCUACAUCAAAGUGUUUUGAACCUGAAAUUCCAUUAAAUACUAAGAAAAAAAGAAAUAUAACAGUUUCCGUAAAAUCAAUGCAAGAUUCCGCUACUCUUCAAUCUUCAAAUAUGGUUACUAAUAAAUUUAAAAGGAAUAAAAUAACACAAUUAAAUUGUAUUUCACCCAAUAUGGUUAUGUCUUAUGGCAAUACUAUGAUAACACCUAAACGCGAUGUUAAAGAUUUAUCAAAAUAUCCUACUAAUAAACAAUCUUCAUCGAAGAAUCUAACGCAUAAAUCUAAUAAUAGUACACCGAUUAAAAUAAUCACAGAAAGCAAUAUCGUAGAAAUAGACUCCGACAAAAAGAUGAAUAAAACACUUCUCAAUAAUUUAUUAAUAGUAGAACCAUUAUCUAAACUGCAAUCUGAGCCAUCUCGUGCAACAAAAACGGAUACAUGCAAAAAUAAGUUAGAUAAAUUUAAACAAAAUGUACAUUCAUUAACCGUCAAUUCUGGUCAAAAAGUUGUCACGUUUCAAAGCAAAAAGCACGUUGAUAUCAAUACAAUUAUUAAUCAAUUACCGUCUCACAUAAUUAACAACAAAAAGAUUGUUUUUAUAGGACAAACUUCUGAUAAUGCAACUAUUCAUAAUAAUAAAGAGUCACACUCUAAAACAGUAGUUCACUUAGUACCUGAUGACAAUGAGAAAUUGUUAGAAAUGAAAAAAAAUCUAGAAAAUGAGAAACUUUUGCAAAUUAACAAAGAUUACAAUAAAAAUAUUUCUAAAUCGAAAAAUCAAAGUGAGGCCAAUAAAAGCAAAGGACGAGCUUUAUCGAACAAAAUUGUAUAUCAAAAUGGGCGGAAAUAUAUUAUUAAACAAUCAUCAGGUUCCGCUAAAAAUUUAAAAAAUACGUCCAAGGGAGUAGCGGCGAUAAAAGAUGGAGGAGGAACGAUGCAAUCAAAAUCUACAAAUGGUAUUCCACCAUUGAUACCCUUAAAUUCCACUGAAAUAGAAAAUAUAUCAAAUCAGGAAAAAAUAAAUUCAUUUAAUAGUGAUAUUUCCCCUUUAACACCUUCACCAUCUCCGUCGGAAUUAUCAAGUAGUUCGAGUUGCGAUGUUAAUUCCAAACAAUCCUCUUCGUCGGUGAAAUGUUCUCAAAAGGCCGAUGUAUCUUUCUUAAAUAUUGAACAUAAAGAUAUUGGCAUUGAUGUACAAAAUACGAACAAUUCGUUUGAAAGUUUAUCAUUCCAUAAAGGAGAGGAUCAAAACUUGUAUCUCGAUGUAAAAUUUCUUAACCAGAAGCCAAUUUAUACUAUUGUUGACACAUCCACGAUGAUAACGAAAUGUAAAGAAGAAAUGUUAAAUGAAUUUUUUCAUCUUCCUUAUUUCGAACUAAAGAAACGUUAUGAUCAUUUACAAGAAAUUGGGGAAGAAAUAUCGAGAGUGAUGAAUUUCGUAACCGACAAUGUGAUCAAAGAAAAUUUGAAAGCCGUUCACAUCUUGCAAACCGUGUUGAAACAUUGCAUUGAUAAGUGCACCGAAACGAGCGAUGAAACAGAGGAAAAAGAUAUACCAUUGAACGAAUGGGAAUCAGAGUAUCGACAAACGAACGAAAAACCUAUUUGCAAAGCGUGUAAUAAAAUUACAAAACCCAAGUAUUAUGUUCCAGGAUUCUCGAAACCUGCGGAAAACGAUAUUUAUUGUUCUUGUUACAGGCACGUGUGUCACAAAUGUCAAACUUACCAAGGUAAUUCAACGCGUUUCGUAGCUCAUCAAACAUUUCACGAUAAAGAAAAACCGUAUUUAUGCCCCGAUUGUUAUCGUAAAUUUACGACAUUUAAAUCGUUAGAGGUUCAUACGUGGACCACUUGUUUUCAUACGCUGAAAAAACGUGUCCUCGGUUGCAAGGUUUGCGAAAUAGAUGGUUUUCAAGAUAUGGAAUCUGUCGCUAAACAUUUUGCUAUUAUGCACAGUCACAAUAAAAUAGUUUGCGAUAAAUGUUACAUCGUUUUGCCCUCCUACUCCGAAUACAUAAAACAUCAUAAAGAUAAACAUUUGGAUGGGGAUGAUUAUCAUCCUAUAAGGCUGGUAUUGUGCAAAAUUGGACGAUGCAUCGUACGUUGCGAAGAUUACAUGUUGCACAUGGAGAAGCAUCUAGUCGUGCAAAGAUUAAUAUGGUUUAAAUGUCCAUUCUGUAUGUUUAUUCACGUAGAACCGAAACGAAUUAUGUCUCAUUUGCAAAGUGGGCACGUAACGCGUUUAAAGGAACUUAUAAGUCACGAGGUGUUGUUGAACGUUUUGCAAGUAGAAAACGCGGCAAAUUUGUUGAAGAGUAAUUUGCAACAGAAUAAAUUCACGAACGCAAACGCGGAAUCUUGCGAGGACGGGACUGUUAUGCCUAAGAUUAUAAAUGCUAGGACUAUCACGUCUGAGGUAUUUGAAAAUGGAACGACUCAAGGAACGAACGAUCAAAUGAUAAAUGACGACAUUGCUCCCCAAUGUUCCAAAAUUGUUAAUUCAGAAUUUUCUGUUUCAAAAUUGAGCAAAACUAUACCGAAGAUACUCGAUGUCAGAUCGAUGGCCGAUUCGGUAUCGGAUAAUUCGAAACACGAGGAAGCUGAGAUAAUUGCAACAAAAUUUACAAAAAUGAACGAGGGAAACGAAGAAAUGGAACAAAACAAAAUAAUCAAAAGGAUCGAAAAUUCGAGGACGGAAAUUACAUUGGAAGAAAAUGCAACAACUACGAUAAAAAUAGAAUCCAAAGAAAAUAAUAGCGAUUACAUACGGGAUAAUAAAUCGAUUUCAGAUAUAUUGGACGUUGACUCGUUUCAACGAGAUAUCGUUCCGAAAAUGAUCAAAAUGCAAAGUACAAAUGACACUUUGAAAAAAGAAAUAUCACGCGAAAAGGAUAAAAUGAAAUCAAUCGAAGUAGAGACGAGAGAGAACGAAACCCAAGUUCAAAAACAAUGCGAUGAAUCAAUCUUGAAACCUCCUCCGCUUGCUAGAAUUCCUUCACACGUAUUCGAAUCGAAUCGAUCCAAGAAGAUCGGACAGUCGACCAAAGGAGGAAAAGCGACCGUGUUUUUGCGCAAUCCGAAAAUUCCUCGACGAAUUGCUCUAAACUGUCCAACCAACUUGAACGAGAUAUUCAAUUUUUCGUGCCAUUUAUGCGGAGAAUUAAUAAAUACAUCAAAAUCUAUUAUAAGUAAUCACUUUCAGAAUAAACAUUCGCAAGAGUGUAAAUUAUCGACGAUCACUACAAAUUUGUUACGUAUAUCGCCAGAAUUCAUUAACGGAGGUUACAAGGAAUUGUUGGAUAACAAGAAACGCAAAUCGGACAAUUCCAUAUCGAAUGCGAAAAGAAGACGACGAUGGAAUCCAAAAAAAUAUACCGACGGGAAACACGCAAAUUUUACCGGACUUGGACUGUGCGUGAAACAAGUAACGGCCGAAGAUAGCGAGGGUAAUUUUAGAUGUAAAAAAUGUGAUCAACGUUGCUCGAAUAUGGCAAAUUUGAGAGAGCAUAUCGCUUCUAAUCAUAGAAUAAAAGGCCGAUAUUUGGUUUGUUUGGAAUGUGGGGAUAAUUUUGUGGUUGCGCCUAGCCUGCAAAUGCAUCUGAAAGCGUUUCAUGGGAUAGAGGAUCCUAUCACGUACAUGGCGCAAAAUACGUUAUACGCCCCUGAUAACGUCGAUGAUCUUGAAACUGGAGGGAAGUCCAUCGAAGCGAAUCAAUGCCACGUUUGUAUGGCAGUUUUCGAGGAUAAGGCAGCUGUGGAUAAACAUCUUCGAGUGCAUGGAAUGGCAUUUUUAAAUCGUAAAAGGAUAGAAGCGCAAAAUGCUUUGAAAAGUCCGGAGAAGAAAGGUGAAUUGGAGGAAGAAAAAUAUACGCCGAUUAAACCAAGUCCAAAAGAGCUCGUUCGGAAGGAUAAACCAGCGGAAACUAUAUUAGAAAAAAUUACUGCAACAAUAUAGCUAAUGGAGGCACGAUUUUCAAAAACGGUGUCGAUCGAAAAGUAAUACACGUAUUUAAUAAUUUCUAGUUUUUAAUGAAUAUGAUCGUGAAUCUGUGAUUUUAAUGUUUUGUUUAAGCAAUGAAAAAAAAAAAAACGUUUCCUCUUUUUAUAGUAAAAAAUAACAAAAAGUAUAAUGUUGUUAGUCAUUAUAGUAUAGUAUGUCAAAAAAAAAAAAAAAAAAUGUAACUUUGAUUAAUGCUCAGCUCGGUAUAUACCUAUUAACACAUUGCGUUCCAAAAUUCUUUUUUUUAUUAUUAGAUUUAUCGCAUUAUAGCUCUAUUAUUUUAAUAGUAAUAAUAAUAGUUAUAUAUAUAUGCUUAUAUAAACCAAACGCAAUGUGUUAAUUUGCUUAGAUAACAUGGAAUAGAACAUCUUUGUAAAUAUAUACAAACAAUUGUA